CCUUCUAAAGGCACUUGGUCUCUCCUUCAAAAAGUAUCUGUCUCUCCCUCAAAAACCACCUGUCUCUCGCUCAAAAGCCACCUGCCAUUGUCUAUUCUUCAGGGAAUAACAAUUCUAUCUGCACCAUAUUACAUUACACACUACACAGGACCAACAUGCACGUCCUCAAGAAGUUAUUGCGACUGUAUACCCUCCUUAGUCUUCUACUGUGUCUUGGUUUUGCAGCCCCAAUCAUAGAAUCAGACUAUGACCAAAACCUGCUACAGUCCAAGCUUGGCGCUGCCUACAAUGAUAGCGCCCUGGUUAUGGUCUUAAGCAGCUUUGUCGCGCAUCUGUGGGCUUACAAUUGGGACAUGUUCGCCAAUGGCAUUCUUCCGCCUGGCGUCGAGUUCGUUCCAAUGCUCUGGGGGGCCAAGAUGUUCAGCGGCUGGCAUGAGGCUAUCGAGGUCGCUCUCGCCAGCGGAGCCCGAUACAUACUUGGUUUCAAUGAGCCAGACAGUCCUUCGCAGGCCAAUCUGACUCCUCUGGAGGCCAUGGUAUAUUAUAAGGAGUACAUCUCCCCCUACUCCAGCAAGGCCAAACUUGUUUCUCCAGCCGUGACUAACGGUGGUCUGAACUGGAUGCGAUCGUUUAUGAGUCUUUGCCAUGACUGCGAUAUCAGCAUUAUGGCAGUGCAUUGGUAUGGCGACACAGCGGAAGACUUUAAGACAUUCGUGACCGAAGCCAUUGAGACCUCUCAGCAAUACAACAUCCACGAGAUCUGGAUUACCGAGUUUGCAUUGACCAGCGCUAUUAACGGCGGCGACCCAUCUGACUCCAUCAAAUUCCUGCGAGACGUUAUUCCAUGGCUCAAUUCUCAGAAAGCUGUGGGUCGAUUCGCAUACUUCAUGUGUGCCGAAGGCUUUUUGUUGGAAGGGGAAAGCCUCGGUGUUGUCGGGAAAGCCUACACUGCUUCCCAUAGACUUUGAAUCUGUUUGUCCGGUAUAGGAGGAUCUGCGGUCUAAAACACACUCCCAUCUUUAGUCUGGUGUAUCUACUCUUCUGAGCUUAUGACUUAUGACACCCUUUUCUUUCCGCUCACCUUGUUAUUAUUAUUUUGUUUUUCUUUUAUCUUUCUAUGCUGUACUUGUGUUCGUCUAUUUGGCUCACUUAUAUCUGGCCCUACCCUUUUAUCCUUGGGCUUAUUCCUCUGAUUAUGUUCAUCUCACUGCAGGAUAGUUGUAUAAAAAGUUAUGGUAAUUGACAUGCAUUGCACCUUGUUUCAAAAAUAUGAAUGUUUGAGUGAUAUUGAAAUUGUCAUAUGUUUGCUUUACAGAAUGUAUAGGUAUCUCUCUUUUAGUAUUGGGUGUUAAGAAGAUUGAUAACUAAGCAGCCCUCACUCUCUCUUGCAUAGCUUGCAAUAAAUAAGCUUUGGAACUGCGGGGGUGCCAGGAGCAUGAUCGUACAAAGACUGUAUU